GUGGCUCGUGGGCUCUAGAGCACAGGCUCAGUAGUUGUGGUGCACGGGCUUAGUUGCUCCAUGGCAUGUGGGAUCUUCCCGGACCAGGGCUCGAACCCGUGUCCCCUGCAUUGGCAGGCGGGUUCUUAACCACUACGCCACCAGGGAAGCCCUCCUUGGUAACUCUUGAUAACUUCCACUCAACCUGUAGGUCAGCCCAAGUGCUACUUCCAGGGGGCCUUCCUUAACUUCCUGAGUUUCAUUCAUUUCUAGCCUAUGACCGUCGCUUAGGACAAAAACACUCAAGAGCUCUCAGAGAAAUGAAUGAAUAUUAACAGCCUGAGCAGUUAGUUCCCACCCCAUCCAACACAGGCACACCAUUCUCAGGAUCACCCCUUCUCAGACCUCUCUUUCUCCAGACCUACCUCAAAGGUACACAUUCAAAACAUUUACUGUUCUCAAAGAUGUGUGCUCACAACAGCUCUAUUCAUAACUCCUCGCCCAAUCCCACUCUCCCAGACUCCUCCCCAAGAGAGCCUUGGGGUAUAUGAGAAGUGGGUCUGGCUGGAGAACAGCGAGCUCACAAAGACCAAACCCCUGAAUGCUCCCUGACUCGACGAUUCACAUGUGCACGUGUGAAAAUCAGGACGAACUCCUCCAAGCCCAGCUGUGUACCCUAAGUGAUGCCAGAGAGCGGGCGCAGAGCCACCUGCGCGGUGGGGCUGAUGAGUUAGCCCACGUAACUCGGUUCUGUCCUCUUAGACCACCCGCCUACUGGGGUCCCAGCCGUCGGUACGAAAGCGGCAGGCGAGGUGGUGCCUAGAAGGGUUGGGAGCGACAGAGCUCUGCAAGAACCCAGUUGAGCCCCACGGCGCGGUCUGAUUACGUCAUUCUUCCGCGCCCACCAACUGGCAGGUGAUUGGCCUGUUGGCUCGGGGGCGUGGCCCCAGCGGCUGAGGCGAGCGGCGGCGCGCGAGCGGUUGGUCCAGCCCUCCGGCCUCGAGGUUACAGGUCGGACUCGGUGCCUUCAGAUAACCGGCUGGCGGCAGGCAUGGCUGGAAUCCCCGCGCCAGGCAGCAGGAGGCGGAGCGGGCCCCCGGCACCCAGUUCUGGCCCGCCGCCCAGCACCCAGCACCCUCCGAGCAAGCGGGCCCGGGGCUUCCUUGCGGCCGCCCCACCAGACACAGAAGACCCAUUCGGCGCGCACGGGGAUUUCACCGCCGACGACCUGGAGGAGCUCGACACCCUUGCGUCACAGGCCCUGAGCCAGUGCCCGAACGCGGCACCGGACGUGUCCAAUGUUCAUAAGGUCCCCAGAUUAGAUGGGAUGUCAAAAAAUCCUGCAAGGAGAAACAGAGAAAGUGUUCCAGUUAAAGAUAAUUUUGAAUUAGAGUUACUUCAGGCACAGUACAAAGAGCUUAAAGAAAAGAUGAAGGCAAUGGAAGAAGAAGUGCUCAUUAAAAAUGGAGAAAUUAAAAUUUUACGGGACUCACUGCAUCAGACAGAAUCCAUUCUAGAGGAACAGAGAAGAUCCCAUUUCCUUCUUGAGCAAGAGAAAACUCAAGCACUCAGUGACAAAGAAAAAGAAUUCUCCAAAAAGCUCCAGUCAUUGCAGUCUGAACUCCAGUUUAAAGAUGCAGAGAUGAAUGAAUUAAGGACAAAGCUUCAAAGCAGUGAGCGAGCUAAUAAACUAGCUGCUCCCUCCAUUUCCCAUGUCAGUCCUAGGAAAAGCCCUUCUAUGGUUAUAAAGCCAGAAGCAUGUUCUCCACAACUUGGAAAACCAUCUUUCCCUACAAAGGAGUCUUUUAGUGCUAACAUGUCCCUUCCCAACCCCUGCCAGACCAAUCCAGGAUAUAAGUCCCUGAUGGGCAAAGAGGAGAAUAAGACCCACAGUCUGGGAGAUGACCCGAUAAAGCAAGAACGGUCCCACAAAAGUCUUAUUGACAGCUGGAUGCAGAGAUCAAACACUCAAGGCUCCAUUUUGAUAAACCUUCUCCUGAAGCAGCCUUUGAUCCCAGGGUCAUCCCUAGGUCUGUGCCACCUCCUGAGCAGUUGUUCUGAGGCUCCUACCGGCACCCUGUUCCAGCUACCCGGGCUUGGCAGUACCUUGACUGGGAUUUCAAGCCUGAGGACCACAGGUUCUUGUGAUGGGUCAUUUCCCCUCUUGGCCCUGAGAGAAGCACAGAACCUGGCACUUACUGGACUGAAUCUGGUGGCCAGGAAUGAAGGCUCUUGUGACAGAGACCCAGCAGAGGGAGGCAGAAGGGCCUUCCCACUCUGCCAGCUUCCUGGAGCUGUGCACCUCCUUCCCCUGGUACAGUUCUUUAUCGGCUUACACUGCCAGGCUCUGCAGGAUUUGGCAGCAGCCAAGAGAAGCGGAGCGCCUGCGGACUCACCUACACAUCCUUCCUGCGUGAGCUCUGGGGUAGAGGCCAGCCCUGAGGACUCACUUUGCAACCUGGAAGGCUUCUCUGUGGCUUCACUAAGCGUUCUUCAGCACCUGGUGUGCCACAGCGGAGCAGUCAUUUGCCUGUUACUAUCAGGAGCAGGCGCUGAUUCUGCUGCUAGGGAAGGAGACCAGAGCCUGGUUGAUGGACAUGGUUGUGGGGAUGUGACCUCAGCCCCAGGGGGGCUUGCCGGUGACCAAGGCCAGCAUCCACUAUUGAAGAUGCUUCUUCAACUUUUGGCUUUCUCUUCUGCAGCAACAGGUCACCUUAAAGCCAGUGUCCUCAGCCAGUGCCUUAAGGUUUUGGUGAAAUUAGCUGAAAAUGCUUCCUCUGAUUUCCUGCCCAGGUUCCAGUGCGUGUUCCGGGUGCUGCCACAGUGCCUGCGCCCAGAGACACCCCUGCCUAGUGUGCUGCUGACUAUUGAGCUCCUGUCCCUCCUGGUGGACCAUGAGAAGCUUGCACCUCAGCUCUGCUCCCACCCGGAAGGCUGCCUCCUGCUGCUGUUGUACAUGUACAUCACAUCGAGGCCUGACAAAGCCGCCUCGGAGACACAGUGGCUUCAGCUGGAACAAGAGGCUGUGUGGCUCCUGGCUAAGCUUGCUGUGCAGAGCCCCUCCUCCCCAGUCACUGGUUCCAGCUGCCAGUGCAACGUGGAGGUGGUCAGAGCACUCACGGUGAUGCUGCACAGACAGUGGCUGACAGUGCGGAGGGCAGGGGGGCCCCCGAGGACUGACCAGCAGAAGCGGACGGUGCGGUGUUUGCGAGAUACAGUGCUGCUGCUGCACAGUCUGUCCCAAAAGGACAAGCUUUUCACUGUGCACUGCGUGGAGGUCCUGCAUCAGUACGACCAGGUGAUGCCAGGGGUCAGCAUGCUGAUUCGAGGGCUUCCUGACGUGACAGGCUGUGAAGAGGCAGCCCUGGAUGAUCUCUGUGCUGUGGAGGCCGAUGUGGAUGACCCCGAGAUGGACUGUGGCUGAGGCCUGUGAGCAUCGAGCCACAUGGUGGCACCAGCACCACUACUUUCCUUACCUCAUCCCCUGAUUAAAAGCAGUGACUGGCUGUUAGAGAAAAGGCCAGCCUUACGUUUCCUGAGUCUGAUCUGUGUCGGCUAAGUGGGAGGGACAGAGCUGAAGGGGGACACAGGGAAGGCUGAGAUCCUUCUUCCGGUUCCUGGCUGGCAGCCCCAUGGUAAUGAAUCUGCUUUGAGGAAGGAGCCCUGCCCUGC